AUGGAUACUGCACAGAGACUAACACAGUGUUCCAGUUUCAGGGAUGUUACCACCAUGGACAUGAAUGUCAUUUGACGAGACAUGUAAAGGACCGGGAAGGACAAAGAAAAAAAUUCGAAAAGACGACAAACACCACCACAUUUUUGUUAGAAAAGGGAUUCACCGUGACGGAGAUAUGGGAAUGUCAAUACCGCAAUCUGGUUAGAGACUGCGAAGGCCUUAGGGAACUAAUAAACGAAAGAAAACCAAAAUUCUUUCGUUCCCAUAAAGGCCCGGUGACUGAGAGCCAGAUAUUGAGAGCCGUGAAAGAGGAGAAUCUAUUCGGCAUGGUGGAAUGUGAUAUCAGAGUUCCUAACCAAUGGGCGACUGGUUUUGAACGGGAACUUUCCCCAUACGAGUAUUUUUCAGAAAUGGCACCAAUAUUUUGCAACACGGACAUUCCAUUCUCUGCCAUUGGUGAACAUAUGAAAGAACAUGUACGACGGAACAAAUUAUCGGACAAACCCCGGAGACUUUUAAUCGGUGGAAUGGCAGCACGCAAAAUGUUGAUUGCUACCCCUAUUUUAAAAUGGUAUAUCGAACAUGGAAUGCAAGUCGAUCAUAUAUAUCAAGUGGUGGAGUAUACUCCAAUGGCGUGCUUUAGAGAGUUUGUGACGGACGUGACGGACGCUAGGCGACGAGGAGACGACGACAAAAUGUCAGCGGUCAUUGCCAACACCAUGAAGCUGAUAGGAAAUUCUGCCUACGGUGGACUGAUUAUGGAUAAGAGCAAGCACACCAACAUUAAAUAUGUUCGCGGGGAAACCAAUGCCUGCAACGCCAUCAAUGACCCGCGAUUUAAAGACUUACACCAACUGGACGAGGACAUUUUUGAGGUAGAGAAUGCCAAACGCACAAUUACUUACGACCUACCUAUACAGCUAGGUUACUUCAUUUUACAGUACGCAAAGCUUCGCAUGUUGGAGUAUUACUACGACUUCAUGGACGUCUUCGUUGACCGUAGCGAUUUUGCGUACUGCGAAAUGGAUACAGACAGUGCGUAUAUGGCCAUCUCUGGGAAAAGACUGGAAGACAUCAUUAAAGCGGACAAACGACAACUUUAUGACAACGGGCUAUACGGUUUUUGCCAUGUUAGGGACGUAAAUGCUGACAAUCGCGUGCACUGGUUCCCACGGAAAUGCUGUAAUGACCACGAAAAGCGUGACAAGAGGACACCAGGACUUUUCAAAUUAGAGUACGAAGGUGACCGUAUCGUUAGUUUGUCAUCUAAAACGUACUGUGUGACUAAAGACGACGACAUCAAAUUUUCUGCCAAAGGAAUUCAAAGAAAAACUAUAGAGGAUAAUUCAAAUGCAUUUAGAGUGUACGAGGAUGUGCUGAAAACGAAAGAGACCAAAUCCGCAGUGAACAUCGGUUUCCGGGCACGAAACAACACUGUUUUUACCUACCAGCAGGAAAAACAGGGUUUUACGUACUUUUAUUGUAAGCGAGAAGUGCUUAGUAAUGGGAUUGAUACAAAAGUGCUCGACCUAGUGCUGUGCCCGGAAAAGAAAGAUCCGACGGAUGUAAGGAUGGCGGAUAUUUUGUGUGAGUUAUUGAACGAAUGAAUGGACUGAGUGAGAACUUGUGUACGCGCACAAUUGUAUUGAAUGUGUGUGCUUAUCUUGGAGGGGCCCCCUGUGGCAGUGUGCGUGCGUGCUUGUGUGUGUGUGUGUGUGUGUGUGUGUGUGUGUGUGUGUGCGUGCGUGCUUGCAUGCGAGUGUGUGCGUGCGUGUGUAAGAAAACGGGAGUGCGAGUGUAUACGUAUGUUUUGGUGUGUAUGUUUUUUAGCGUGUGUAAAUCUUGUUCAUUUAUAUUUAUGUGUAUAAUAAAAUCAAUUGUUUCUAAAAAAUACCAUCUU